GAGAAGAAAACGAAAAAGAAGAAGAGGAAGAAGAAAGAGAAGAAAAAGAAAAAGAAGAAAAAGAAAGAGAGGGGAAAAUCGCUUAUCUCCCUUCUUCAGCGUCGCCUUCAGCAUGGCUCCAGGUUCGCGACGAGGGCUUCCGGAGGCGAGAGGAGAUGUAGAGCACCGCCUGGGCCUCCUGCAGGAUCAGGAGAGCAACGUGAGGAUUAUCGCCUUUGAUCAGAGUCAAGAUCAUCAAGGAAUCUUCACCACUGGAAUGAAGAACGAGGAGAACUUAAAUAUCGAAAAUGAUAAAAGGAACAACGAAAAACAUGAUGAAAAAGAACCCACGAUAAAAGAAAGGAAUGGAAGAGGCGAGAAUCAAGAAGAGAAAGAAUCCAUAAUAAAAGAAAGAAACGAAAGAGGCGAGGGAGAGAAAGAACCCACGAUAAAGAAAGGGGAUGAAAAAAACGAGAAUCAGAACGAGAAAGAACACACAACAAAUAACGGGAAUGAAAGAGGCGAGAAUCAGGAAGAGAAAGAACCCAUGAUAAAAGAAGGGAACGAAAAAGCCAAAGGAAUGGAAGAAAGAAGAGACAAUAAUAAAACAGAAGACGAAGAAGAGAGACCGACUGACCACAGGAAAAGGGGUCUAGACCGUAAACGAAGAUACAGGGACCUUCUAGCUUAUUGGCUACUCGGUUUUUGCAACAACUUCACCUACUGGGUUAUGAUCACAGCUGCCUACGACCUACUCACGCCCGAGACACAACAAAUGUACGUGGAGAGAUCGCAGGACCAAGGACACUCAACGGACCUACAGCAGACGAGCUUCUACAGGAGUCCUACAGCUGUUCAAGGCGAAGGAGGAGGAGGAGGAGGAGGAGGAGGAGGGGCAUCUUGGCCAAACGUCUCUUCGCAGUUCUCCGUUGUCAACACCUUCAAGUGUCAGAGGCAUUCUACUGGGGCAAUCCUCAUCGCCGACACCCUGCCUGCCACAGCCCUCACCCUCGCAGCCCCUGUGGUACUACUAGUCGCUGUGAACCUACGAGUGGCGUUCAUUUGCGGCCUUUGCGUUGCUUCUUACCUUACGCUAGGCCUAGCACCUCCCAAGUUCGUGUUCCUGGGUGUGGCAUUGGCUUCGGCUUCGAGGGGUUUCUCCGAUACGACAUUCCUCGGACACGCGUCUCGGUACCACAAACACGUGCUCUCCCUCUGGUCUUCGGGGACGGGAAUCGCCACCUUCAUAGGUCCUCUCCUCUACGCCUCCCUCACCACGGCCGGAGUCGAGCCACGCCGCGCCCUCCUCUCCUUCCUCAUGGUGCCCGCUGUCAUCGCCCUCAGGUUUGGACGAUUAAAAAAAAGGAAAAUGGAAUGUUUUUGUUGCGUUCUGAGUAACCACGAAGACCCAAGCGCGAGAUCGGACGUGGAGAAAGUGCUUGAAGUCGAGAGAGAUUUGCCGAAGAAGAAAAGUUUGGCCGCUAAGAUUCAAGAGAAACUCGAUCUCUUCAUGAGAGCACAAAAAUACAUCUUUCCCUUGUCUGUUUUCUACAUGAUGAUGUACUUAACGAACCAGGGUUUGCUGGAAAUGGUAUUCUUCCCCGGGUCCAUACUGACACACGCACAGCAGUACAGCUGGAGCAACACAACGCGCUGUCUGGGCACUCUCAUCUCCAGAAGUGCCCACAAGUUCUUCCUCAUACCCAAUGCAUGGAUAUACAACGGGCUAGCUCUGGCGAUACUCGUGACGGUGGGGACAGAAGCCUAUUACCAUUACCUUCCCUCCGAGUACAUCGUCUUCUCACUGUUAUUCCUUCAAGGACUCCUUGAGGGCGCUGCCUUCAGGACUACUGUGUUUAGGAUACAAAACAAGACAACUGAAAAAGAACAAGAGUUUUGUCUCGGUGUUUUUCCAGUGUCACUGUUUCUACCUGCAGUGCUUGCCGGCCUUGCAUCUCUCCCUAUACAUGACUAUCUGUGUGAGAAUCACUUGUACGCUCAGUAGAUCCCCGUUUUAAUGAAGAUGAAAAGGAAGACAAGGACAAGAAAGAAUGUAUUUGUUCUUGGCUACCAAUUUUUUUUAUCUGAAUUCCUUAGGCAAAAAGAGAAGGAAGUUUAUGAACAUAUUGAAAGAUGUAAUUUAGUGUCUUAAUAAAAACCUUCGUGUUUUAAGGUCGGUUUGUGUUAGGUUAAAAUUGAUGUCCGCAUAUUGCUAUACGUAUUAUAUUAGAUUUAUACAUUACUAACAUAAUGCUAUGUUCCCAUUGCCAUCUAUUGUAUCUUUGUAACUUAACUUAGGAAUUGAAUAUUUGUUAUUCUGUAAAUAGUUUUUUUUAAAGCAAACUUGUCUAUUAUUCUUGCUGGAGAUAUAACUUAUUACAUAAAUAGAAACUGUUCAUAUAUCUAUUCAAAACAAAAUGUUAUCUCUUCAUGCCUAUUUCACAGAACAGAUGUUAUUUUACCAUCUCAUCCCUUCAUUAACAUUAGUCAGCAUUUAUCUCUUCUGAUGAUUUAUUACUGAAUAUAGUAUAUUUUUAAAUUCAUGAACACAUGUACAAAUGUCAAAGUACAAAUUAUUGUUUUUGUUCUAAAAGUUAAAAUACUACUUUAAUUGGAAUUAUUAUUUUGUGAGAAAAAAAGAUGAAGUUAACU